UUUUCCUUUCGUUCUCUGUUCGCCCCUUUUCCCUAAUUCCAGACCAGUUUUGACUCUACUUCCGCAUCCGAGCUAGACACGCCGACGCACUUUUACGCCACACUCCAACACGCUCCAGCACUCCAGCACACUCCCUAACCCAAUCUCUGCUCUAUAUCUACUACUUAUCUUCGCUCUCCCUCUCAUCGCAGGCCGAUAUCUUUCAUUCGCCUUCUAAAUGCCUGUUUCUGCUUCCACCAAUCUCUCCCUCACCCUCGCUCAUGCCAUCGCCCAUCUCACGCGGCCCCUUGUUGCAACUUACUCGGCAACAACCAUCAUCAAACUCCAGUCCCUUCUCGAGGCAAAUCUUACCGCUCUCUAUGCCCCAACAUGGUCCAUCAAGGAGCCUUUGCGUGGUUCUUCUCGCCGUUGCAUGACCUUGUCUCCUACAUGCCUGCCUCCCCGUUCCAUUUAUUCAGCCUGUCUCGCAGCAGGUGUACAGUGGUUCGAUUGGAUCGCCGCCCUUGGUGGGCGCGAGUUUGACUUUUACGUUGAUCCUGGUUGCGUAGCUGUUCGUUACGCCCCUGCGCCACAGAGCACCAAUCCCAGUCAGAUGGUCACCAUCUGGGCUGAUCACAUUUCUGCUCCUGCAACUGCAGCCGCUGCUCCCAAGCCCGAGUUCAAAGGCGUCACCAACACCAUCGUACCCACUCACAAAGCAAGCGGCAGUCACAGCAAGACCCUUGCGCAGCAGCUUCUUGAAGAGGACAGAGAUGAGGAUGAUCAGCUCUUCUCAAUGAUUGCCCACCAAGUCAGCGCACCAACUUGGACAUCACCUAUUCUCACCCAAUUCCCUGCUUCCACCCGAUCCUCGUCACCUCUUUCCGGUUUCUCGACGUACUCGCGUUGUAGUUCGCGCUCAUCAAACUCCAGCUCUUCAAGUUACUCUUUUGCUUCCGGAGAUUCGUCCAGCGCUGCCACCUCCGUGUCCAACUCAUCAGGUGCAAAGCCCGAGCAGAAGCAAUCACGUCGAGAGAGAGCUAGGCAGGCACACUACUGUUCUUACGGGCGGCGUUAUGCUUGGCGGUGGUCCCAAGGCUGGCAAGCCAAAGUACAAGGCAUCUUCACCCGCCACCACGACAACCUCAAACGGCUGGCGCUCAAUCCGAGCUUGAACCGCAUAAGAUACGAUGGGACGCUCGACGUUUUGGAUUUUUUCUACCAACGCUCCUAUAUCUUUUCUAUCACGAACCUUCAACGUGGCCCCGUCUUUAUAUUUGACGUACCCUUCACGAACACGCUGUGCACUCAAGCCACGAACAAACGGACUUUGCAUUUUUUUUCCACAUCUAUCUUAUUUUAUUUUUUCAAGGCGUCAUCCAGUGUCAUCAUCGUUCACCCCCUAUCGCACACAUGUAUGUACCACGCUAUCCUACCCACUCUCCAACGCCAUCGAACUUGCGCUAUCGUAGGAUUAUUUAAUACCUCUUAAUAUUUUUGUCCUCGCUGGAUGUUUCUUAUCCACUCAUCAAUGUUGUAUCCCGCUGUCUUAUGUAUUCGCUAUACGUAAUCUGCCACUCUUGGCCUGGUGAUUAUAACAAUCUGGCUAUUUUCCAUUCUUACCCCCUGAAGAUGUUUUUUUAUAUGAGCCAAAGUACUAUAUAUCCUUUCAGCAGA